AUGGCAAAGGCGUAUGAUAGUCUCAUGGUUGUUUUUGACAAAGGUGCUAAGGCAAACGGGGUUUGGAGAGUUGAAGUACUUGGAAGAGCCUUGGAUGCCUUGUUUGACAAUCCUGAUUUCAUAGGAUUUGAUAUGCCAAAGUGGAGUCAAAACAUCAACUAUUUAUCCUAUGCAGAUGACACAAUUAUUUUUUGUUUUUCUCACUAUGGGGCAGUGCAGCUUACCAUGAAUGUAUUAAAGGAAUAUGAGGCAGCUUCAGGUCAGAAUAUCAACAAGGAAAAGUCCUCUUUUUAUAUGCAUGAAGGAGUGCCUGCAAAUGAAGCUAACACUGUCUAUUUGAUUACAGAAUUUCAAAGAAAUCCCUUCCCAUUCACAUAUUUGGGAUGCCCUAUAUCCUACAGCAGGAGGAAGAAAGAUUUCUACAAGGGCAUCCUCUUCAAAUUUCAGGAGAGGCUAUCAUCAUGGAAAGGUAAGCUAUUCUCAAUUGGUGGCAGGGCUGUUUUGGUUGCACAUGUGCUUGAGAGCAUGCCAAUUCAUCUCUUGUCAACUGUGAACCUACCAGUAUAUGUGAUCAAUCAGUUACACAAGAUGUUUGCUAGGUUCUACUAG